ACAUCGGUAAACCAUGAUGGCGGCCAUUCGAAAAUACGGGCUAGAAUAUUCCGACUUAAAAUCUUCUAUGGGAAAUGUUGCUUUUCUAUUGAAGGCGCUUACAUUGAAAAUUGAUGUACGUGAUGAAAAGCGUAUCCCCAUCAUCUUCUUCAUCCUGACGCCGGUGGCAGUUCUCUGCUAUCUCUACGUGUAUUUCGUCUCUAUGAUAUGGUUUGUCUUCUGUCGAUGUCCAGAGACGGGAGACUUGCUGGCGGCUCUCAUUGUGUUCUCAUUGGGCAUCGCCAGCGAAAUCAGUGCGGUCAAGUUUCUGUAUAUGCUUAUUUACAUCAAGGAUGUUCGCCAAAUCGUAUCCGAUUGUCUAUUGUGUGACUCCAAAGUGGUCCCUGGGUCCCGCUUCUCAGGCAACCUAUUGAAGACCCUCAGAGACGUGAAGAAGAGAGCUAUGUUGUUCUGGAUGGUUAUCAUCGGGAACGGCUUGAUGUAUAUCGCUAAACCCAUCCUCUUGCCGGGCAGACAUUUUAUGGACGACGUCUUGGUACUUUAUGGUUUGGAACCCAUGUUUGAGACGCCUAACUUCCAAAUCUCUUUCAUAAUGAUGGCGAUGUCAGACUGUUUAAUUUGCUAUCUCACCGCAAAUAUUUCGGCCUUUCUUAUCAUCAUAACAGGGUACGUUCAGGCUCAAAUGACCGCUUUAGCUGAAGAACUUAAGCAUGUAUGGGAUGAUGCUGAAGAAAAAUAUUUUCAAAAUAAAGAAGCUGUUGAUAUAUCCGAGACUGAUGACUCUAAAGACAAAAUCAUUAAUAUGUAUGUCAAAGAAAAUUUGAAGAAGAUAGGAAAGAGUCACGCGGUAAAUCUAGACCUACUUGGUCAAAUUGAAGGGACCUUCAAUGGAGCUAUAGCAAUAGAAUUCUGUCUCUUAAUCACUGCUCUAAUAGCAGAAUUGCUUGGAGGACUCGAAAAUACGUAUAUGGAGGUACCGUUUGCAUUAAUGCAAGUUGGCAUGGACUGUCUGACGGGGCAGAGAGUGAUCGACGCUAGUGUGAUGUUCGAGCAAGCCGUGUACGAUUGUAAAUGGGAGAGGUUUGAUAAGAAGAACAUGAAGUCCGUGAUGAUCAUGCUGUUGAAUUCCCAGCAGUCGAUGUCUGUGACCGCUGGUGGAGUCACUACACUGAACUACGUCAGCUUCAUGGCUAUCAUUAAGUCUAUUUAUUCUACUUACACCACUUUGAGGUCUACUAUGGAUUAAGAUGAAAGCGGUUCCGCUUUUUUUCUACUUAUAACUGUACCAUUCUUUCACAUGCUAAUUUAAAAUAUUUGUAAUGAUAACACUUGUUGUCACACAU